CGAACAGUGUCGUGAAAGAUUAGCACAAGGGUGGCUUCAAGAUGUAUAGGUGUGCUAGCUACACCAUCGACCCAGACAUAAUCGAAUAUACCGACUGUCAACAGCAUUAGGGACUGUCAGACGACUAGAAUUUCUCGCGGACCUUGUUCCGCAGUUCGCUCUCAACCGAGAUACUCUGGAGAGGGCGACGAAGGUCCUGCUCACCUUCGACUUGGUCAAAGGUCUGAGGCCUGGAAUCUUAGCCUAGAGUGUCUUGGUGUAACAUCAUGGAACAGGCGGAUCGCCAACCACGAAGAUCUGCCUUAGCUCACAGCUAUGGCGAACAUCGACCGGUACCUCAAAUCGAGUCCUACUGGUGGGAUCUGACAGACCCAAUCAGUCAGCCUGCCGACAAGUCAAUAGCAGAGCAAUCAGCACCAAAGCAGUCAAACUCAGCAGUCGGACAGGUCCCUUCGCCAAAGCGUAGACGUUCAGGUGGUAGCGGGCGAUCCAGCAAAGAUCAGAGCAACGACGAUGAGAGCGAGAGCGACUUUGGCGGCGCUUUGAACAAGGAACAGAGCGAGAAAAGGAAGAAACGAGAUCUGCGUCGCGGAUCAUCACGCAUAGUCACGGAUGCCAUCACUUACAAGAAGGUCCGAAUCAAGAAUACGGAUGCCGACAUCGACGAGGCGUAUGAUCCUCAGCGGUCUCGAGGGACCGGUACGCUCACCAGAGCGUUUCCACCGAUCGAGUGGGACAGGGCGAUCGACGGCUUCAGGCGGAGAUUAUUGCGAUAUGCGGCACUGGGAUUAGUACCUGCCCUGAUAUUGCCCGGAUGGUUCGGGUUCUGGACAGGCACCUGUGUGACACUCGUCUGGGUAGGCGCACUGGCAUUCCACUUUAACCGAGUCGGCACUUCGGAAUGGUUGGACCAUAAGUGGGAUCUAGAGCGACGGCGAGCGCAAGGUCACGUACAUGAGCAACACAUCGCCAAGCAGACGACGGGGAAGACUGGGACCAAGAACGAUUCUCGAAAGCUAGAGACAGUCGGCGGUGCGGAAGCUGGGAUUCAGGACAAGCGUGAAAGCGUCGAGUGGAUGAAUACGCUCUUGGGAGGUCUUUGGCCCAUCAUCGAUCCGAAGCUAUUCGUGUCGGUCGUCGACUUAUUGGAGGACAUCAUGCAGGCGUCGAUCCCAUCCUUCAUCCAAACUGUUCGUAUCGCCGAUCUGUCUCAGGGCAAUCAUCCGAUACGGAUCAUAUCGAUAAGAACGCUGCCCGAGAACGAGAAGCCGGGAGACGAAUCUGCGAAUCAGACGGACACAUCAGCAGACCCAAAGGAACAGCCUCAGAGCAAAUCGGAGGAGGGUUUGUUUUCUGGACUGAAGAAAGAUACUUCGGACCCGUUUGUCAGAGGCAAGAGUCUUGGCCCAGGUGAAGGAGAUUCUGCAGAGAAAUCCGAGGAAGAGGAUCAGCAGAAACAGACGGAGGAGCUCGGGAAAUUUGUGAAUCUCGAGGUCGCCUUCGCCUACCGUUCGCUGCCUGUGCAAGGCAGGAAAGUAUACUCGAAAGCCAAGAAUGCACAUCUUAUCAUUCAUUUCGGUCUUGGACUGCCGGGGAUCUUUGGUGGAGCUUUUCCCGUCUGGGUGGAAUUGCGAGGUAUCGUUGGAACCAUGCGGAUCCGAGUGGAACUCGUCUCAGAACCUCCCUUUGUCAAGCACGCAACCAUAUCGUUCAUGGGGUUACCAAAAGUCGAGAUCUCGGCCAUCCCGAUGAUCGACUUGCCAGUAAAGCUGAACGCCAUGAACAUCCCUGGCCUCUCAACCUUCAUAAGUAACAGCAUUAACACUGCGAUAGAUGAAUACGUCGCACCCAAGAGCUUGACCGUAGAUCUCGGCCAGCUUCUUGUCGGUGACGAUAUCAAGAAGGAUACUCUCGCGCUCGGAGCUAUCGCCAUCACCAUUCACUCAGCCCAGGUUAAAGGGUCUGACCUCGGUGGAAAGUCUGAUCCGUAUGUUACCGUGUCUUACGCCAAAUACAGCAAGCCAUUGUUCUCGACGCGAAUCAUCCUCGGCGAAACGGAACCGACUUGGAGAGCGACUGCUGUUGUGCUGGUCAAAGCGGACGCUUUCAAAGUGAAUGAGAGGUUGGCGCUGCAGAUCUGGGACAGUGAUAGAAUCAGCAGUGACGAUGAGUUGGGCAGAGUCGAGGUCGAUCUUUUCGAUCUGUACAGGAACCGAGGUAAAAUGAUGUACCGCCAAUCGGCGCUGCACCACUCUGUUAGGGGUAAAAAUAUACCAGGGGAGAUUUGUUACUCUGUUGGCUAUUUCCCUAAGGUGCUACCGACAGAGGAUGCCGAUGGGCACAGUCCAAAGGAUACCGAUCUGCCCAAAGACUUUCAGGAUAAAGAAGAAAUGCAGGGCGAUCAUCGUCCGAAAACUAUGGACGCAGAAGAGGACAGAAUUAUCGCCAUGCUGCCCUCGGACGACUAUCCCAGUGGAAUCCUUUCGAUACAGGUACACGAAGCUUUCGACCUCGUUCGUCAAUACAUAGGACCAACUAAGGGGGGAGAUCGGAGUCAAAAAGGUCGGUUCAGUCACCCCAAGGGGACAGAGGAUGCAACCCGUGAGGAGGGAGACGACCUUCCGUCUGCUUAUUUCCGGAUUCGGGUCAACGACGAGACAACAUAUCAAUCACGAGUGAAGCCGAUCCAGAGUCAACCGUUCUUUCAGGCUGGUCAAGAACGGUUUCUCCGCGAUUGGCGCACCACUCUUAUUCAGAUCAUCGUGCGAGAUUCUCGUGUGCGAGAGUCUGACCCGAUGCUGGGUAUGCUGCAUCUUAAUUUGCGGGAUGUAUUCGAAGGCGGUUCACAGGUCACGAAGAUAUAUCCUCUCGAGGGGGGAAUCGGUCAUGGUCGCAUCAGGGUGUCAUUGCUGUUUAGGCCGCUGGACCUCAAGCUGCCCCGAAGUUUGCUUGGAUGGGAGAUAGCUUCUGCCAUUAUCAAAGGUUCCAUCCAUGUUGAAGCGGAUGCCGCACAUCGGUCAAAGCUGUCUCAUUGCUCCCUCCACCUACGGACAUCUCAUGGCUCGCACACACUACGUCAUCGCGACCACUCCAAUCGCGAAGCUGGUAGUGACAGUGUUGAGUGGAGAAACGAGAGGCUUUCCCUGCCAGUGAAAAAGCGCUUCGCGAGUCCGCUCGUCAUGUCAUUCAAGAGCAACGGCUUGGAUUUGAAGGGCGGGAUCGUCGCUAUGGGGGUCUUGUGGAUGAUGACUGUGCCGGACAGCGAGAGGAUCUUGAUCAACAUGCCUAUAUAUGAGGCCAAAGAUUACAACAGGCUGGAACAAAACUUCUGGACCUACAGCGAGGAUCUCAAGGAGGAUAUACCUGAUGCCAAGCAUUACGCGCACGAUCCUUCGUCUCUACCGGAUCCGGAAUCUUUUGGACUGAAACGCAUCGGAACGGUCCACUUCGAGCUGUUGGUCUUGCCCGGCAUCUCAUCCACGCAUCGGCGCAUGUUCAAGAAAGAGCCUAGAGGCCGGAUCAUCAUCGAGGGUUUCGACAAUGCUGUCCGGGCGGGGUUGAGGGAAGAUUUCGAGUCUCAGUCGCAGGUCGAGAUGGAAGACGAGAAUUAUCCUCUGAACGAGCAUAAUGAGUCGGGCGCCACCAGGAAGGUUCGAGCGCCUGCUAAUCGGCGUGAAGGGCUAGACUCGCGGAUCGAUGAGGAAGACGAGGACGAUGUUUGGGGCGACGAGGAGACUGACGCAAGCGCUGCGACCUAUUCUGACGAGGUGGUCGGACGUAACGAUUCGAUCGGUUCAAGGCGGCCGAGACGUAUGGCAAGUCAUUCGACAAACGGAACUUCCAACUCGAAGGGGCUGAGAGACAAGUAUCGCGACUGGAAAGAAGCGCGGACUGAUCUGCAUUCACGACACCGGGGGAUGGCUCAGGUCAAGGCGUACAGAUCGGUGAAAUGGGUCAAGGAUUCGGCCAAGGCGGGUCUAGUAAAGGCCAAGUACAAGUUCGAGAUGCAUGAGCGCAAUCCCGACAUCGAGAGUGAAGUCUAGUUGGCGAUCGGGAACACGAGACUCGCUUGUGUGGAUCGUGACAUUCAUUAUAGUCCAUACCGCUGUAUCCACCUAUCAGUAUAAUUUUGCCCGAUUGUGGCUCGUUUCACUUCUUUCACAGUCGUAACGUCGUAAUCGAUGCCGAGAGCAGCAGAUCGCUGAAAGGGGCUAGAGAGAGAGGGCGGCAGAGAGGUGAGACUUGUCGCGUGCCACC